AACAUCUCCAGGUGCGGGCGCAGGAAAGUCUACAGCAAAAUGGAACGAGAUGAUGUCCCAGAAACUAAAGCAUUCUUCCAAAAGCCGUCUGCUUCCUUUCAAGUUCUCUCUGAUCUCCACCUUGAGAUCAACCAGCAAUAUUCAUCUUUUGAAAUUCCCGUCUGCGCAAAAUAUCUCAUUCUCGCGGGUGAUAUUGGGCGCUUAGUAGACUACGACAACUAUCGCGACUUCAUACAGAAGCAGACAGACCGCUUCGAGCUGGUAUUUCUCACACUUGGAAACCAUGAAUUUUACAACGGGUCCUUCGCAGAAGGACUCGACAAGGCAAAACAACUCGAACGAGAACCUUCAUUAAAAGGACGCCUAGUCCUACUUCAUCAGAGACGAUACACCAUCCCCGGGUCCCGGGUUACUAUUCUGGGCUGCACACUUUGGUCCCACGUCCCGCCCGACUCGCGAGUCAUCGUGCAGUCGAAGAUUCAAGAUUUCCAGAAAAUCAAAAACUGGACGAUCGAUGACCAUAAUGCACGUCAUGAGUCAGAUCUGGCCUGGUUGCUGAACGAGAUCCGGACAGCUGAUGCACCGGAAACGCGGGCCCAGAAGCAGCAGCAGCAGCAGUCUGGACUAGUCGUCGUGACGCAUCAUGCACCUUCGCGACAGAAGACGUCGAGUCCGCAGCAUGCGCAGAACGCCUGGAGCUCGGCGUUUGGAACGGAUAUUCUAUCGAAUGGGUUGUUGGAUGGGGUCCGAACUUGGGUCUUCGGGCAUACGCACUAUACGACUGAUUUCAGGGAAGGAGGUAUAAGGGUUGUGAGUAAUCAACGGGGGUAUGUGCUUCCUUGGAGUAAGAUGGAUGGAAAGGAUGGGUUUGAUGUUGGGAAGGUUAUCCGUGUGUAGACAGGACAAUUCCAAACGGAAUAACAUCCAAAAUAUCAAAUCUCUCUCUCUCUCUCUCUCUCUCCCUCCACCUACUACUCCGGUCUAUAGUUCUCUCAUUCUAU